UGUCGACGAGGAGCAAAAACCUCGGGAGGAAAUAAGCCGUAUAAUUAUCGUGUCACAACGACAACGAUUUGCACGGGACCUUUGUCCGGAAACAGGAAGGUUCCAGGGAGCACGAACAUCACUAAUCGGAAUUACACGAGGGAAAAGAGACUUGUUGCAGCCCCAUAUCUUUCCGGAUACCAUCCUCCGAUGCGACUGGGGCCAGGAAAGGUGGGUGGAAAUGUGGCACAAAGAGUCGCUUCUGCAAAGAGGAUUACCAUCAAUGAUCUGAAAAAUAGGAUUUCUGUAUUGAUUAAAGAGUCGGAGGUGAGAGAGAUACAAGUUAAGAAUUAAUUAAAGUUAAUUAAUUGAAUGAAGGUGUAAUUUUUGAGGUAAAAUUAAUUAGGACCUUCGCAAGGAAAAUCGGUGUCUAAAAGUGUGCCAAAAUCGACAAUCUCUUGCUCUGAGAAAGUGGGAAGGGCGUGAUGCCGAACUUCCUAAACUACUCCAGCAGCAUAAGGAUGAAAUAAAAGCGACACAAAUUCAACUGAAAAAGGUUAAUGUUUUCUCUAAAUCACAAAACAAUGCACGCGUAAAUACAGUAAAAUCAUGCUAAUGACACAUUUUGCAGUCAAUGUACCAAUGUCGCGAGUUGGAGGAGAAGAUGCGGUUCAAAGACAGAAAGCUGACCAAAAUGGAGAGUGAUUUACAACUGCUAAAGACACUUGCGACAAAGGACAAUCUCAAAGAGCGGAACGAUCUUCAGGAGCAGGUUGACAUUUUGUCAGGAAAUGUUGCCGGAUGCGAGAAGAAGAUUCGACAAUACAUGCGCCACAUUGAGAUUAUGGAAAAUAAUCACAAGCACCAAAUUUCUGCAGAAAAGCAGAAACUUAUCAAAGCCAAUAACCAUGCCUUGGAACUUCGGCAUGAAAUUACCGGAUUGAAGAUAUCCUUAAGGGAUAAGGAUCGUAUGCUAAACUACAUUCAAAUGAGGUCCACUGGUAGAAAUUUGAUGAAAGCAUUCCAGGAAAAGGAAAAGAUCCACAGUGCCAAACUCAACCCGGCCAUGUGAGCUGUGCUCUUUAAUUUUUUUGAGCAGUUAGGACGUUAAUUCGGGUUAAUGAUUUAGGUCACACCCUUUCAUGACUUCUUCCCCCCGAAGUAGAAGUGUCAGUCCGAAAGCAAGUCAUAAUCUUGGGAGUGGAAGGUCGUACCGAUCUCAUAGCAUGGACAGAUGUACGGAAAUUCGUCCACGGACUUGUCAUCAGUCCAGGAGAGAAAGUGUGCACAACUCUUCAAGAGAUACUCACAACAAUAAUCAGAAUGAGACUAAUUUGCCAUAUCACAAUGACCUCCCUCCACGUGAUCAAAUGAACCAGGGUGACCAGUCGUCUGGUAGGCGCUCCACUUUCACUCCUCGAGAUGAAUAUCCUAAAAAUAGUGGUGGCGAAAUUGGUGAUGUAAUGUCGCCUCAUGACGGACAAGCUAUUCCUCAACGCCAAAGUCAUGUCGCUGUUGAACCAGAAGUUGUUGUUCCGGCUAGAACCGACUACUUUAAGAUAAGCAAAAUGCUGGGACAAUCCAGAGUUAAGCCUCCAGUUGAACAAUCUCCAUCACCAAAUCUUCCUCCACCACCUUCAGAGAAAGUUCAAAAUUCCCAAAAUUCAGAAAAGUUAAUUACAACACAAAAACCUAAAAUAAUUCUUCCUGUGUCUGAAAUUCCUCCCAACACGACACCCGAACCAGAGAAACUAGAAAAGAAAGUACUUGUGCAACAUCAUCACCACGCCCAAGCACCCGAAUAUGUCGUUCCAUUUACAACGGGCCCUAAAACGCAUUCCGAUGCGAAGAAAGAGAUGAAACUAAAGCGUCAAGAAUCAGAGUUGGUUGCGUGUGCAAAGGCAAAAGCACACAUUGACGAUGCCAAGAAGCAAAAAUGGGAGAAAGUUGUGCAACAUCAAACUAGGCCAUCACUCACAGCGAAGAAAGUACCAUCGUCCAGUCAGAAAAGUGGAAGCAUUGCCACCCACAAGACAUCCUCCAACCCGAACAACAGCAAUAAUAAAUAUACUGAAACUACGGUGAAAGUGCGAUCGCCCAUUGGCAAGAAUCAGGUCAAGUCAUUUAAUAAUCAAAAUAAUCGAAAGCAACACAACCAAUCCUCAGACUCGUAUCAUCAUCAUUAUAAUAGCAAUAACACUUUGAGGAAGGAUGACAGCUCAGGUACGGUCGAAGUCUGCGUCCAAAUCAAGAAGAAUUCGACAUCUUAUCAAAAGCAGAAGAAACAAGAGGUGGUUUCCAGUGACGAAUACAGUCCAAACGUGUCCGAUGAUGAUACAGAAGAGUUUGAGCAGUUAGAAAAAAAGGUAGCCUCACAGAGUCUGAUCUACGUGGAUGAUUCGCCAAAGGUUCCACCACCUCCGAGAAACUUUCAGAUACACAAUCCACCACAGUCAAGUCAUGAUCUGUCUCCGCGAGAAAGGGCAGAAAUUAAAGAUAACGAAAGAGUGAUGGUAGAUUUUCUCAAGAAAAAUAGUCACAAACUUGGUACUGAAAGAGUUGUCCAGUCAUUUUCGACCCCAAUGUUCCCAAACUGUCAAGUCCAACCCCAACAGUUUGCCUCAACAGCAAAUAUUAUUGGAGGUCACGAGGGGGGUUAUCGUCAUGAAUUUUUUCCAACGGAAGCACCGGCUCCCAACAGUGGUGGUUAUCCUUCUUCCAUAAAUACAGGAACCGGAACAAUUUUAUUGGCUGGACUACCAAUACCAAAUAAGUCAGAGUACAUGCAUCAUUCCCCAAGAAGUGAACCUUCCAUUGGUCCUGGAAGGGAGCACGUUUUCAAUCACCAAUUUCCGCAGUAUCAACCUCAAAGUGUGUCAGCCUCGGCAAGGCCAACUAUUAAUCGUGGGACAUCAAGUCAUCCACAGAUUCAGGCUCCAUCUCAAUACCAGAAUUACCAAGUUCAAGGAACAUAUAGUAUUCCGUCGGUGAUGGGACAAGAACAAUUUUCCAAUUGCAGACCAGAUACUCGAUGUAUUUUUAGCUACAGUAAUCCGCACAGUAGUUCACAGCCCAUAAAUCUACCUUACUACGGUAUGCCGGGGGAUGGACCAUCUCAACAAGGGAUUGGCAGCUACCACAGUUCGCCAAGCUAUUCACCACAAAUGCCUCCUGUGAAAAGACCUCCAAGCCAGAGACGACCAAAUCAGAAAGGAAAACCUACCGACAAGGAAAUCUCCCAUUAUGAUCCCAGCUUUUUUACCAAAUUAGGAACGUGGAAGUGAGUACGAACUGCAUGAAUAAUUUAUCCUAUUAAACCUACAUACACUUCCAAAUUUUUAUGCGGAUACAUAUAACAAUACGUACAGUGAAAUGGUAAGCCGUUGAUAAAAUUUUUAAAUAAUUUGUACAAUAACUGGAUAUGAAUUAAAUUGUUUCACAAGUUGCACAACUUGCUGGCGUUUA